ACUCGUGAGCUCUACUGAACCCCAUCAAAGCACACAAGAAGAAAAUGGACAAAAGUGGAGUGCUGGUGCCAGGAUUUUUCAUCAUGGCUGUCCUGAUGAGCCCUAAGGAAUCAUGGGCUAUCAAAGAGGAGCAUGUGAUCAUCCAGGCUGAGUUCUAUAUGGCCCCUGAGGAGUCGGCAGAGUAUAUGUUUGACUUUGAUGGUGAUGAGAUUUUCCAUGUGGAUCUGGAAAAGAAGGAGACGAUCUGGCGGGUUGAAGAAUUUGGAAAAUUUGCCAGCUUUGAGGCUCAGGGUGCAUUGGCCAAUAAAGCUGUGAACAAAUUCAACCUGGACAUCAUGAUGAAGCGUUCCAACCACACCCCGAUCACCAAUGUAUCUCCAGAGGUGACCGUGCUCUCAAAGAGCCAUGUGGAACUGGGAGAGCCUAACGUCCUCAUCUGUUUUGUCGACAAGUUCACCCCUCCGGUGAUCAAAGUCACGUGGCUUCAAAAUGGAAAACCCGUCACCACAGGAGUGUCAGAGACAGUCUUCCUGCCCAGGGAUGACCAACUUUUCCGCAAGUUCUACUAUCUCCCCUUCCUGCCCUCAACUGAGGAUGUCUAUGACUGCAAGGUGGAGCACUAUGGUUUGGAUAAGCCUCUUCUCAAGCACUGGGAGUUUGAAGUGCAACCCCCCCUCCCAGAGACUACAGAGAACGUGGUGUGUGCCCUGGGCCUGGUUGUGGGUCUGGUGGGCAUCGUUGUGGGGACCUUCUUCAUCAUCAAGGGCGUACGCAAAGGCAAUGCUGCAGAACGCCGAGGGCCUCUGUGAGGCACGUGGAGGUGAUGGCCUUUCCGAGUGAGAAGAUCAAUCAAGAAAUUUCUGCCUUAAUAGCUUUGCAAAGUUGGCAAUACUCCAAUUGUUUACCUCAGUGAAAACAACCAUCUUCAGCAUUUUCCAGCCCUUUAUCCACCCCACGUGGUGAUGCCUUCCCUGAUCUCUCCACACUCCAACAUCUAGUUGGCUUCCCUGUCUCUUGCCCUUUUCUAUAUCUGUUUUCCCUCUUUUCCCCAUCAUUUUAUUAUUAUCAUGUAGUGUCUCUGGAAUAAACCCCGUAGGAUUCUUUCUCUGCUAUGGAACUUUCUAAGCAUUCAAUGGGGGCAUCUCCUGUGUACUUACUGUUUGCAGUUUCUCCAAACCGUAAUUUCCCUGAAUACAAUAAACAAUUUUGAUGGA